AUGUCGAAGUCCUUCAACGUCGCCGAUGURGCAAAGCACAACAAGGGAGAUGACCUUUAUAUCAUCGUCGACGAAGAUGUAUAUGAUCUCACCGCCUUCCAAGAUGAGCACCCUGGCGGCAAGAAGAUCCUCACCAGAGUUGCCGGCAAGGACGCGAGCAAGCAGUUCUGGAAGUACCACAACGAUGGAAUCCUCAAAAAGUACAAGGGCAAACUGCAGGUUGGAUCUCUAGACACCAAGCAAGCCCAGGCACCUCCCACGCCUCCACCAUCGCCACCGGCUCAGAAGGCUGAGAAGGUCGUGCCACAAGCCGAGUCAGGUGCCAUCGUUCCUGCUCCGGGUCCUGCUGCGAAGGAGGAAGCUGAGGCAUUGGAUGCUUUCGGCGACCUCGUGCCAUUUGCCGAUCCAUCCUGGUACCAGACAUACCACAGUCCAUACUACAACCAAUCCCACGCCGACCUUCGCGCCGAGAUCCGACAAUGGGUAGAGGACGAGAUCAUGCCCAACGUGACCGAAUGGGACGAGGCGAAGAAGGUGCCAGACAGCAUAUACAAGUCCAUGGGUGAGAGGGGUUACCUCGCAGGUCUCAUGGGCGCUCGUGAGUGGCCAACGCACCUCACCAAGCACAAAAUUGCAUCUGUUGCCCCUGAAAAGUGGGAUCAGUUCCACGAGAUGCUGCUCACUGAUGAGCUGUCUCGAUGCGGCUCGGGUGGUGUUGUGUGGAAUCUUAUCGGUGGUUUCGGCAUCGGCAUGCCACCACUUGUCCACAACGGCAAAAAGGAGCUUGUCGAUCGCAUUGCACCCGGCAUAUUGAGCGGGGAGAAGCGUAUCUGCUUGGCCAUCACUGAGCCUGAUGCCGGAUCUGACGUGGCUAAUGUCACUUGUGAGGCUAAGCUCACAGAGGAUGGCAAGCACUACAUUGUCAACGGCGAGAAGAAAUGGAUCACCAACGGAGUCUGGUGCGACUACUUCACUACUGCUGUUCGAACGGGUGGCGAGGGUAUGGGUGGUGUCUCUUGCCUCCUCAUUGAGCGCGAAUCUGGCGGAGUCUCGACUCGCCGCAUGGACUGCCAGGGUGUGUGGAGCUCUGGCACCACAUACAUCACCUUUGAGGAUGUGAAGGUUCCCGUUGAGAACCUGAUUGGCAAAGAGAACCAGGGCUUCAAGGUCUUGAUGAGCAACUUCAAUCAUGAGCGUAUCGGCAUCAUUAUUCAGUGCGUCCGCUUCAGCCGUGUGUGCUACGAGGAGAGCGUGAAGUACGCCCACAAGCGCCGCACCUUUGGCAAGGCUCUCAUCGAACACCCCGUCAUUCGUCUGAAGCUGGCCCACAUGGCACGUCAGAUCGAGGCGAGUCAGGCCUGGCUAGACAUCCUGGUUUAUCAGGCCAACUUGAUGGGAGAGACUGAGGCUAUGCUCAAGCUUGGUGGUGCGAUCGCCGGACUCAAGGCUCAAUCCACUGUUACAUUUGAAUUCUGCGCCCGGGAAGCCAGCCAGAUCUUUGGAGGACUAAGCUACAGCAGAGGUGGUCAGGGUGCCAAGGUCGAACGGCUGUAUCGAGACGUUCGUGCAUACGCCAUUCCCGRUGGUUCGGAAGAGAUCAUGCUCGAUCUAUCGAUCAGGCAAUCACUGAAGGUUCACGAAGUAUUGGGGAUGAAGUUGUAA